AUGUGAUCCCGUUGGCAUCCGCAAGAGAACUGACCGUCUCCGUGAAGCUACUGGCUACCUCCUCCGUGAAGCUACUGGCUUCCGAGAAGCCACUGGCUCUUCGCCACCCCAAGGCCUUAGGUGAAGCUUCCGUCACUGCCUUGUACAACGUUGGUAGACUCCAACCCUCUCAAGACCCUCUAACCAUACAACAGAUACUCAGAAGCCCGGGCAGCACCGUUCGAAGUCAAGCUAGGAUAAAAUGGUGACAAUUUGGCCAUCUGUAUGCAAGUCAACUCAGGACAUGCACGGAUAUGUUGCCAGAAUUCUUCUCCGCACAACCUUCAAGAAUGGUGUCUUGAAGGGACUUCGCCUUGUGAGUAGCCACACUCACCAGUGGAUACAACCCACAGGAUACAAAACUGGAAUACAUGUGUAUAACUCACUAAGCAAACAGAAGAAUGAACUGGUUUUACCAAAAGGAAAAUAUCUAUCAUGGUACGGUUGUGGCCCAACAGUAUAUGAUUCAUCUCACAUUGGACAUGCCAGCAAUUAUGUUAGAUAUGACAUCAUCAGAAGGAUUCUUCAAGACUUCUUCGGUCUCAAUGUUUGUUACAUGAUGGGAGUGACAGACAUUGACGAUAAAAUUAUUAAGAGAUCAAAUGAGUUGGACAAAGAAUUCACCGCUAUAACAUCCUUCUAUGAGCGUGAGUUCUUUCAAGAGAUGUCGGCAUUGAAUAUCCUCCAACCCAGUCUGAUCUCCCGGGUCACAGACUAUAUCCCAGAGAUCGUAGCAUUCAUCAGCAGAAUUAUCCAAAGGGGCCAUGCAUAUAAAGGAACUGAUGGUAGUGUGUAUUUCGAUGUUGCUCGAUUUGGUGUCUACUACAAGUUCAUUCCCCAACAAGAACAUGCACAGGCUGAUGCCAAAGGGAAGAAGAGUGUGGAAGACUUUGCCCUGUGGAAGGUUGUGAAGCCUGGGGAGCCAUACUGGGAGAGUCCAUGGGGUCCAGGCAGACCGGGCUGGCAUAUAGAGUGUUCAGCCAUGGCCAGCCGGGUGUUUGGCAGCACGAUAGACAUCCACUCUGGGGGUAUUGACCUGAUGUUCCCACAUCAUGAAAAUGAACUGGCCCAGUCAUGUUCCUACCAUGGAGUACCGCAGUGGGCCAACUACUGGUUUCACACUGGUUUUUUGUACCAAAGUUUUGACUCAGAAAAGAUGUCCAAAUCGCUGAAGAACACAAUCUCUGUUGCUGAGCUCCUCAAGACAUACACAGCCAACCAGUUCAGAAUGUUCUGCAUGCUUACACAUUAUAGGAACAAUAUUGAAUUUAACAGUGAGAAAAUGGCCAAGGCAGUGAGUUUAGAUAGCAAGAUUGGUUCCUUCCUGCAACAGUGUGAUGCGUACGUGAAGGGUCAGAUAGUGGGUGGAAACAUAUCAGAGGCAGAAACCAUGGCGAUGUUAGCAGAGAAUGAGGAGAGUUUCCUUGGUCAUCUUAGGGAUGAUUUCCACACGCCCCUAGCCAUGGAGGUCCUCUUUGACUUGAUAAGUACGGUGAACACCAACCUGAGAAAGGCGGAUGCAGACUGCCGAAGCCCCGGAGUUAUAGCUGCUGUACAGUUGUAUGUCAAGACUAUGUGCCAGAAACUUGGUUUCCAGAAGAAGGGCUUGAAAGUGCAUGACAAUAUGAGCCAAGAUUCAGACAGCAUGAAACUACGAGAGGUCCUUGAUAACACAGUGAAGUUCCGACACAAUGUCCGACAGUUUGCACUUAAUCAACAACUCCCAAGGAUAGAUUUUGACAACCAGAGAGAGUACAAGAAGUGUCGUCAGAACUUGUUUCUACCCCUGCUUCAGGAGUGUGAUAAUCUCAGAUCACAGCUAUCUAAUUGUCAGAUCCGUAUACAGGACCACUCAGGCUUCUCAUCCUGGGAGUUUGAUGACACAAAGAACAAUGCAGAAAGGGCUGAAUCAGACCCUGAUAUAACUGGUGAAAAAAGCAAUGUGCUGAACAGUAGUUCCCAGGGGACUUCUGCAAAGGAAGUGGCUUCAAAAUCCCAAAAUGACCAAGGUCAACAGAAGUCAAAAUUGACGUCAACUGAUAAACAUUCGAGUGACAGUGAUCGGACGUCAGCAUAGGAUUUCUAGAUGUACAAUAAAUUAUAUAUCAUUAUCAAUGCAGAUGAAACUUGUUUGAAAGUGUUUAAUAAAGACAUAAAUAUUGUUUUCUAUUGUCAUAAAAUGAGAUGAUGUUAUUAUUUUAGAACAUACAUUAAAUACAUCAGAAAUUUAAUCAAUUCUGCUUGUUAACUUUUGCGUAAUCGAUUCUGCUUGCUAACUUUUGCAAAGAUUAAAAAAUCACACAGCAUAA